UUGUACAGCCACCAAUUUCGUUAUGACUAGGCAUAGCCACAGCACUUACAACCUGUCUUUUCUUACCACUCGUCGAGUUACCCGAUUCUUCUAUUCGUGCAGUAGUAAUGUUCUCAGAUGAGCUCAAGGCGUUCCGUCGACUAGGAUUCCGACACUUUCUACUCCAAAUUCUCAACUUCGCCUCCGUCAUUGCAUCUGGCCUCAUGCUAUGGAAAGGCCUCGGCCUGAUCCUGAACACAGAGUCUCCAAUUGUCGUUGUCCUCAGUGGUUCGAUGGAACCAGCAUUUUACCGUGGCGACCUUCUUUUCCUCGCCAACCCCCCAGGCCAACGCUACCACACAGGCGAUAUCACAGUAUACAGGAUCCCUGGCGCCGAAAUACCCAUCGUACACCGCGUCCUGGAGACCCGAGACGUUGUCAUUCCAUUUGACAAUUCUACGGAGAACCGCAUCCUCAACAACAGACUCGCAAAACUCAAGCUCCCACCAGGAGAACACCAACUGAUGCUCACGAAAGGCGAUAACAAUCACGUCGAUGACAUUGACCUCUACCAGGGCCUUGAGUGGCUCGAUCGAAGACACAUCAUUGGCAAGGUUCGCGGAUUCCUUCCAUACAUUGGUUACGUGACAAUCGCCAUGAAUGAUUUCCCGCAACUUAAAUAUGCGCUUCUCGGAGGUCUUGGGCUAUUAGCUGUCAUACAACGGGAGUAGAACUCCCUGUGGAGAGAGGGCCUUUACGCAGAUUCGUGUUACUUCUUUCAUGUAAGGUGACCCCGCGCGCAUGCGCGUAUGAAAUGGCAACAGUGACCCCGAUUGGCGACGUUCAACGUCAUGGAUGUUUGAUUCCCCAAGGAGGGUGAUACACCUCGAACACGCGUCUCCAAGGUCAACGAACCUUGCCCCAAUAUUGGGAGGUAGGUCAUGACGGUUCGUGUCCCGCCUGUCGCUUGCGAAAUAGUGG